UGAGCGCUCCUUUCCAAGAUGGCGGCGGAGGGAGGUGGGAAGGAGAUGAACGAGAUUAAGACCCAGUUCACCACCCGGGAGGGGCUGUACAAGCUGCUGAGCCACUCGGAGUACAGCCGGCCUAACCGCGUGCCCUUCAACUCGCAGGGCUCCAACCCCGUCCGCGUCUCCUUCGUCAACGUCAACGACCAGAGCGGCAACGGGGACCGGCUCUGCUUCAAUGUGGGCCGGGAGCUCUACUUCUACAUCUACAAGGGGGUCCGCAAGGCUGCGGACUUGAGUAAACCAAUAGACAAAAGGAUAUACAAAGGAACACAGCCUACAUGCCACGACUUCAAUCACUUAACAGCCACAGCAGAAAGUGUGUCUCUUCUAGUGGGCUUCUCUGCAGGCCAGGUCCAACUUAUAGACCCUAUUAAAAAAGAAACUAGCAAAUUAUUUAAUGAGGAAAGACUAAUAGACAAGUCCCGAGUAACCUGUGUAAAAUGGGUACCAGGUUCGGAAAGCCUUUUCCUAGUAGCUCAUUCCAGUGGCAAUAUGUACUUGUAUAACGUGGAGCACACUUGUGGUACCACAGCCCCGCACUACCAGCUACUUAAGCAAGGAGAGAGUUUUGCAGUGCACACUUGCAAGAGUAAAUCCACAAGAAACCCUCUGCUUAAAUGGACAGUAGGUGAGGGUGCCCUGAACGAAUUUGCCUUUUCCCCUGAUGGGAAGUUCUUGGCGUGCGUGAGCCAGGAUGGUUUUCUUCGCGUGUUUAACUUUGACUCGGUGGAAUUGCAUGGUACAAUGAAAAGCUACUUUGGAGGACUGCUGUGUGUGUGUUGGAGCCCCGAUGGGAAGUACAUAGUGACAGGAGGAGAGGAUGACUUGGUGACAGUUUGGUCCUUCGUGGACUGUCGAGUCAUAGCGCGAGGCCACGGACACAAAUCGUGGGUCAGCGUGGUGGCCUUUGAUCCGUACACCACUAGUGUAGAAGAGAGCGACCCCAUGGAAUUUAGCGGAAGCGAUGAGGAUUUCCAAGACCUUCAUUUUGGCAGAGAUCGAGCGAAUAGCACGCAGUCCAGACUGUCCAAAAGGAACUCUACAGACAGUCGUCCAGUAAGUGUUACGUAUAGAUUUGGUUCGGUAGGCCAGGACACGCAGCUGUGUUUGUGGGAUCUUACAGAAGAUAUCCUCUUCCCCCACCAACCUCUGUCAAGAGCAAGGACACAUACAAAUGUCAUGAAUGCCACAAGUCCGCCUGCGGGAAGCGGUGGAACUAACCCGGGAAGUAAUGGAAACAGUAUCACAACACCUGGAAACUCUGUACCCCCUCCUCUUCCACGGUCAAACAGCCUUCCCCACUCUGCAGUCUCAAACGCUGGCAGUAAGAGCAGUGUCAUGGAUGGUGCCAUUGCUUCUGGCGUUAGUAAAUUUGCAACCUUAUCGCUACACGAUCGGAAGGAAAGACACCAUGAAAAAGAUCACAAGAGAAACCAUAGCAUGGGACAUAUAUCUAGCAAGAGCAGUGACAAACUGAACCUAGUUACUAAAACCAAAACGGACCCAGCUAAAACUUUGGGAACACCUCUCUGUCCCCGAAUGGAAGAUGUUCCCUUGUUAGAGCCUCUUAUCUGUAAAAAGAUAGCACAUGAAAGACUGACUGUGUUAAUUUUUCUUGAAGACUGUAUAGUCACUGCUUGUCAGGAGGGAUUUAUUUGCACAUGGGCAAGGCCUGGUAAAGUGGGUACUUCAGAGUUGCUUAGUGGAUGUAAUCUUCUGACAAGAAAGACCUUCCAGUUGCUGCUGGAUUUAAUAGACUUGUGAAGAAUGCUUCAGUAAUGAACUAGUGAAUUCUGAUUCAACCUUGUCACUUUCCAACAAAACUUCCCUGGUAAAAAUUUCAGAAGUGCUUCAGUGGCUUGUUUGCUCUAAAGUUCUGCCUAUUACUUCUUUCACCAUCUAGUCCAUAAGUAAUAACUAGGAAACUUUUUGUUCUCAUGAAAUAUGCAGGAUCUUUGUACAUCCUGAAUGUCAAGUGUAGAGAACAACCCACUUCAGUCUACCUCAACAGUGUUUCAAUCAGAUAUUCCCUGCAUAAAGAAAUACAAAUAAAGGUGUUUUUCAGGUUCUUUCAGGUGAGGUCUAUGGAAGGCACCAGGUUAAGUUCCAUGUGCUUUGUUAUAUAUAAAUGUCAUAUGGACCAUAUGCAAAUACAGUCUGCCAGAAAUCCUGCAAACUACUCAGGUUCAUGACGUGUCUGAAAUGAUCAAUGUUUUUUUUAAAAAGAAGGGCUUUGAUUUGAGCAGAAAUUUGAUGACUUGAAUCCAGUCAGUCUUGCCCUCUUUCCCCUCUUUCCACUUCUUCUGAGGUCAGGGUUUACUUCCAUCAUCAUGACCUCUCAGUUCUUGGAUCCAAGUUUGAAAGAGCUCCUGUAGAUUCUGAAGAAGUGACAUAAUUCUGUCUUCUGUCUGUAUGCUAACUGCUGCCUGAUCUUGUCUAGUUUGAUGGAUCUGAGUCCCAGGAUCUUAAUUUUGAGGUAAGAACAUAAGCUGGGAGCUGCUUAGAGGAGUUGCUGAAAGUGCAUUUAUCAUUCCUACAAGGUGAGGAGUUGCAUGGGGAUAUUUGCUGGUGUGCUUCCAGCUGCCAGUGUGCUUCCAGCUGCCAGCAUGCCCCUUGGCCUGCUGGCACUCAGUAGAACUAAUGACCUUAUAAGGCUAAAUUGUAUUUUGACAAUAAGCUUUUCCUGAAUAAGCCUGAUAGUUAUUUUAUGUGAAUUAUUAAAAAGUGGUUACUGUGCAUUAAUCUGAAAUGGAAUCUGUCCAUUGGUACCCAGAGGUUUGAUCUGUAAGGUGAAGUUGCUUUAAUCCAGAGCAGCAGCCUCUGUGUGGUGAGGGGCACUGUGCAGUUGUAGGGCUGUGUGUGAAACAAGAUUUGAAUGGCAGGGUAGUUGGAAGAGCUGGUACCAAGUUUUCCUGAGUGUUAACUUAAAUUAUAAUAGGAAAUCUCUACUGAACUCUUGUCAGUGUUUAAUUCUGUUUUAAAAUUACCAAUACAAAUAUUUGGUUAGACAAUCUAUUUUUCUAUUCAAACCUUGUAAUACUCAAUCACAUACAAGAGAUGAAGUGUUUCCCUGUAUCAGGUCAGGUGUCAAACAUUGAUAUUGCAAUAGAUUUUUUUUGACACCACCUCAGUAAAAUGCUGUUCACAUUUUUGGUGUAUGAUUAUUAAAGUUUCAGAGUUCACUAUGACUCCAAGUGCAAGGUAGAUUAAACCAAAUGCUGGGAUCAGAUCCAUUCCGUGUCACAACGCACACGUUUCUGCCUGUCUGAGAGCUCUCUGUGCGCUGCUUGCCUGAGACCGUGCUGCUGCCUUAGAGCCUUUGUAGGAGGGAAGGUGCUGAUGUCUGAAGUAAUAAACAAGUGUUGGUAAAAAUCAACUGUACUCAUUGUAGGUUGAGGUUAAGAACUUUAUAAAAUUCAUGUCAGGUUCUCUUGCUGGAUUAAUGUAAACUGCUUUGUUUGCAGGGUUUAUUGUCAUCCCAAAACCAGGCCAAUUCUCCAAGUGGAACUGUAGUAUAGCCAUCACACUACUGCUAGCAAAUCUCUGAACGCAGGACAAGAAGUAAUGACAGUGGAACCACGAGCUGUUCUUCAGGCAAAGAGCAUCACAAAUUAUAAUGUGGCAGAGUGUAAACAUGGAAUUAUGUGAAUCACAUAGUGACUUGCAAAGGACAAAUGUAAGGAGUUCUCACUACAGCUGAUCCUGCUAGGCUGCUCACCCAAGGAAGAGUUUGCAUUGGAGUAAAAGCAAAAAGCUUCCUUUAGUAUUGCAGGAAAAAGUAGUAACAUUUUUGUUUUCUUUAUACUUUUCAAGUCCAGUGUAAUUUAAUCUCUAUAAAUAUAUAAAUAAAAGAUAUAUAUAUAUAUAUAUAUAUAGUGUAAAAUAAGAUAUGUUUCUUAAAUUCAAGUAAGUUCAAUGGUUAAACUAGUACUUCACCAUUGUUUAUUUUGCACUGAUUUUUUUAACCAGAGAUGGCUAGAAGACAGCCUGGAAUGCACUCAUGGAAAAUGAAAGUCAUUACUUUCUGGCUUCAAAAUGUUUUUCAGGAAGAUGGAUGCUGCAAUCAUAGAUUUUUUUAAAACAAAAUUGUUUUGCACUUAAAUAGUUUAAUGCUUAUAGAGAAUUACUUUAAAAUUGGUGUCCAGACACCAGAAAAACUAUGUUGUGGAGAAAAGAUCCUUUGUAUCUAUUAAACAUUUAUUUUAAUAUUGUUGUUUCCAACUGCAAUCGGCUCUGUAUUAUAUGUAUAAAUAAUGUAAUUCAGUGAUGGGGGAUGGGAGUAAUGGAUCAUUACACUAGAAAUUCUCAUUCAUUUAAGAAAGUGAUAUUUCUAAUUCAGAAAAUACAUAUUAAACUAUCUUGAAUAUGCAUUUCUGUUUACUUUCUGUUCAAAUCCAAUCACUUUUGAUGUAACCAAUUCUUUGCUGAAUUAAAUGUUUGGUACAGAAAUACUAUCUAAACUUUGUAGAACAAAUUCCUUUCAAAAAUAUCUUACCUAGAACAUUGCUUCAUAUUUAAUGGACUUGAAUUUCAAUUAGGAAAGUGAAAUACAAUUGUUCUGUUCUUGUUCUUAAUGGCUUAUCUCCAAACACAUCCUGCAGUUUAAAUACAUCAUACAGCAGCAACUCCACAGACAGGCAGCUUCAUGGGGUAAGGAUUUUGUCACCGUGUAGUCCCGUGCAUUUGGAGUUGGGAAGUGGAAGAUCCCACAGCAGUGGCUGUACACACUUCCUGACUUGUCAAUCAGAAACUGGGCUAACAUAUUGGAGUAGCAUUUCUGAGGCUCAUUUCUCUUACAUCAGGCAUCUCAUUUAUAAUUCAGUGGUCCUAAACUGAUAAGUGUGAUGGGGAUAGACGUAUCCAUGGAUUUGCAGAGGUUAAUGUUGCUUGUCUAAACACUUGUCAUUUUUAAUCAGUCAGCACACCACUUAACUUGUUUUCAGUAGUUCUUGCAAAGACUAACAGUCCAUGUCCAGCCCCAGACUGACAGAGAAUAGAAGUAUCCAUCAUAUGCUUCCCUUUUUCUUAUGCAGAAACGUUCACCACUGGGAUUUGCAGAAUCCUGCAGGCACAGUAGAGCAGAGGCUGCUGGCCCAGAAGCAUGAACUUGCCUGAGGGUGCGCAUACUGCAGCUGUGGGCACAAGUUAAUGCACUUCCUGCUCUCCAACAAUAAAGCUGGGUAGCAUUUUUAUAAUUACAAGUAAACUUAAGACAUUUUCUGGCAUGAAAAGCAAUUUGUUUUCAGGAAAUGAAUGAACAUUUGGGGAGAAGCAACUGCAGUAGCUUGUAACUAAGUCUCAUCCUUGCAAUGCAGCCAGCAUGUAGAGAACUGCCAGAUCCAUUUAUAAGCUGGGAAUUAGUUCCCUACUUUAUUCAAGAUGUAGCUGUGCUUUACAAUUCUUAUCUGUCUUCUUCUAAAAUACGAGGAAUGGGGAAAAUACUGAAACUGAGCAGGAUUAUUUUUCAGAAGUUUUGUUUUAUUAACAUAGUGGGCUUAACUGUUAAAAUACAGAUAAACCUCAUCACUGAAAACUAGUGUAGUUAUCUCCCCAUAGACUUCUUGUAGAUAACUGCUUCACAUGGACUGAGUCAAAAUGGAACAGUUGAAAAAAUAUGCAGUAACUUUAAAAGAUUUUUUCCUUCAGCUGGAAAAAUACAAAACCAGUAGGGAAAGAAUUGCAAUAUCCAACACCAGGGGAACAGCAGCAGCUACUCACAUCUGGGUUGGCAGGGACAUUCCCUGCCACAAAUUGUAGUCCAGCAGCACACAAGGUAUGUGGGGGGAUUUUCUUUUCUCAGCCUCUUCUUUACUAUUAUCAUCAAUAGUAAAGAAGAAAGAAAUUAUCAUCAAUAGCAAUCAUCUAGAAACUUGAAUUGCCCAUACCACACUCUAUUCCAUAUGGUAGAAAAUUAUUUUAUUAAGAAACAGGGUGCUAAUAACUUACCUGGAAGGAACUUAAGACCUCUGCUGUAGAUACAGCUUUUAAUAAAAAUAUUUCUCCUACUACAUUAAAAAAAUAAUUAAAAGUGAGCAGAACACAGAUAAUCUCAGUAUGGAAUUUUAGCUGGAAGAAUGAGGGUAGGAGCUAUACUUGCCAGUUUGUAGUUUAAAGUUUGGGUACAUUUUAACUAUAAAGCAGGUGGGAAAACUCAAGUUUGCCUAUUCAUCCAACAGCCAGAGAAGUGUAAGUUGUCUCCAGAGGUUUAACAGCAAGGAACUUGCUAGGAAAUCAAUAUCCUUGAAGUACUGUAUGUGCCAAACUGAGUAAGAUCCAC